UUCCCCCUCCAAUACAGUGCUGCCUUGACAGUGAUGAUGGGAAGUAUAAAUACAAGCUCAUCGAAGCUGCAGCCUUCGAGGAUGAUGGAGAAAAUGGGGAGAUUCCUUCGACUGACGCCUUCAUACGGAUUUCGGCUCAUGUUGACGAUAUACACUUUGGCCAUGAUCGACUGAGACCGUUCUUCGUGAUACCCGAAGGGCGGGCUCUGGGGCGCAUGUACGAGAAUCUUGCCGAGAGAAGAGAGUCCUUGUCGGAAGGCGCUCUCAAACCUCUGCAGCUAGUCGUGGAGCGCGAUCGGUUGAUGGCACUA